CAGGGCAUUUGCACAUCUUGAUUAAAGUUAGCCUUGAAUCUUUAAAAAUUCAACCCAAGGGGGUCAAUCCCCCUUGGACAAAUCUACUGGGCAAGCUCCUCUGGAACAAUAGCCACAAUGCUAUCAAUGUGUAGCCUAGUUUGCCGUUUAGUGCGAGGCUGGAAGCAAUCAGAGGCUACCACACUGAUCUCACAAGCUGCCACAACUCCUGGAUCUUCAUUGCUACUGCAUGAUCUUAGUGAACCUGAGCUCAAUGUUGAUGUUGGGUCUUACAUAGCCAGCCCUUACCCUCACUUUGAUGGACCGCACAAGUUUUCUCGGAAAGGGUCCUGCUCUGACUGUAACCCUCAUGGCAGCUUCCAUCCUGCUUUUUGCCAAGCCUUUGCAUGGCCUGAAAGAAAUAUCCAAAGCAUGGAAGAUGGCAAAGAUGAAAGCAUGGUUUCAUCAUUCCGGCCAUCACUGUUCUGCCAACAAGGCUGUGCUGGAGAUAGAGAGGGUGAAGGUUCAUGUGGCCUGCUCCAUCCUCCUCCUCGUGUCCAGGUCAUUUGGUGUGACAACAACAGACAAGCGUCUCUGGUCACACCCAGGCAAUCCGUGGACCUCUCCCGUUGGACUUUGUUCUUUGCAAGCCAAGACGAUCUCCUAGAGCAUAGGAUCCACGUGCCGCCUUUGCCUGUCUCUCCAGCUUCAAAAGUAAUAUCCGAUAACUCGAAGCAUUUAACAGAGCAGACCUCUUCCCAGCUCAUCAAACCUGCAACCAGCAACAUUGGUGUUAAUGGGACCACUACCACCAAUGCAGUCACAGCAUCUACUGUCUCAACCACUUCUGAUAUUUCCAGCAAGUCGCUGGCUUCUUCAUGCCUUGAGUCCUCAAUGAAAACUUCAUCUAAUCCGACAGGAUCUCGGUAUGAAUUGGAAAAUCCUGAUACUUCAAUGGAAACAUCACCAUUUCCUAGGACGUCAGACAUGUCAUCUUGUGAGCCUGACCAGAGCUCAGGCAGUGGUUUGAAGAUGGCGAACGUAUCCCACGGAUUUGGACCACGCAAAACAUCCGCAACUAACGGCAAAAACGGCUGCUUGAACGAACCCGAUGAAAGAAAUACUUUUACAGGCGACAAACGCAAUGAAGAGAAAAAUAUCCAUAAUGGGACGAAUGAAAACUGUUACAAGACUGUUCCUAACGGAGGAUUUACGGCGAAGAGUGGCGUGCACACGGCGGUGUCGGAACACAUCUCCGUGGCGGUCGACGGGGCUGCGUUCGACGGCGUGCGCGACACCGCCGAGCUCGUCACUGUGCUGCUGGAGGCGCGCUGCAUCUCCAACCAGAGGCGCGCCAGAGAUGACGCCUGCAAGGCGCCUGUCAUGGUGGACCAGGUGUGCAAGGCGUACGCCUGGAAGUGUCGCGGGGUGUUUGGGGUGAUCGCCCACACCACACCCCGCCGCCUCAUGCUCAUGGUCGACGCCUUCUUCGCCAACAACCUCCUGCUUGACAGCGAUCUUCACGUCACUAAGAUCCUCACCGUGGACUGCGUGGGGGUGCCAGGUCGGCUGACAGACCCAGGCAGUAUCGCCGAGUGCGCGACACCAGGCGGCUACUACACGACAGCCAAGCAGCACCAGCACACCUCGCUGCUCGACGCCGCGCGCUGCCUCUCUGCUGCCGACGUGUCCAGAGCCCCCUCCCCAGGUCCAUCGCCCAUAUCAGAAGCAACUUCCCCUGUUCCUCUCUUGGAAGAAGUUCUGGAGGAACGAGACUCUACUCAUUCCAGCGUCAGUCCUGAGCCCUCGUCUCUGCCAUUCGACUUCACCGACCAGCAUUUCGCGGAAGACGGAACUAAAAAUUCCAGACUCCAGGAACCAGCCGAAUUUACCGUCAAUUCCGGAGGACCGAGUGGAGUUUCUGGCUCGGAACAACUCAAUUCUACGUCACAGAAAAUGUCUUCAGGUCAGACCGAAAAUUCCGAUGGUCUUCUCGGUUGUGGAAGUGUGGGCGUCGCUCAGCGGGAUGGGAACAAAGCAAGUUCUGACGACGUAAACAAGACGUGUGAUGACAGCGUCUACGACUUCACUAAGGAGGCUCCCAACAUCCUUGUCUAUGCCAACAACAAUGAGGCUUAUUUCGAUUCCGUCAAGAAAACUCUGCUCAGUUGUCUCAAAAGAGACAGAUACGUCAUCUACCACCUGACGAGCGACACCGCCUUCAGGAGCCCAUGGGUCUCCAACACGACAUUACUCGUCAUCUGUGGAGACGUGCAGGCUCACGUCUCGACCGUCUUCAUCAGAUACCUACUGCAAGGCGGCCGCGUGCUCUCCAUCUGCUCUGACUUCCUGAACGUCGCCGUGCCACUCUUUGACUUCAAAGUUCCCUGGACCGAUAAAAUGCUGGCAGAAGGCACGGUGGAGGUGGCGGAGAGCGCCGUGGUGGGUGUGCGGUACGGACGCUGGGGCAGCGUACAGUUCCUGCAUCACCAGCACUGCUCCCACUCGUCGCCCCAGAGCAACAGGUUCAGCACACAUCUCGACCUCGAUGACAAACCAGGCACGAGCAGUAAGCGUGGUCGUGGCGGGACGGUGAGCGUGGAGCCGACGCACGUGGAGAUAAGAGAUACGGACGGCAGGGCGCACGUGCUGCAGCUGCACGUGCUGGCCACCGACGACACGUGGGGGGCGCCCUCCCUCAUCGGGGCGCGGGUCAGGGGCGGCCGCGGCAGGGGGGUCUUCUCUCAGGUGCACCUGGAGCGCGGGCCAAUGACCCCCGGGACCGAUGCCCCCGCCGGCGGGGACAAGGCCCCGCGGGGGACCCACCACGAGUGGGACCAGCGUGGGGCCAGGGCCCGCAGGGAGAUACUGCGGGACCUUCUGUCCACUGAACUGCUGCUCGAGACUGAGCAGGACGAGCGGGAUGAGUGGGCAGACGGCCAUACUGAGUGGGCUGAUGAGCAGAGUGCUGGACUAGACGCUCAUGAGCCGUGCUACUCACCUGCUGUCUUGCUGGGCGACCAGAGAAGUAAGAAGGGUUUGCUGGCCAAGCUUCGUCCCAAGCUGCUGGGGGGCAAGGAGCUUCACCGUCCGCAGCUUCGUCUCGUCUUCGUCAGUUUCCCGGACGACGGUGCGACCGAAGCGAGCGCCGAUGUUCUGCCGGUGCUGCUCAGCCCUGAAGCGCCCACCAAGUUCAACAAGGAGGCUUAUUAUGCCAAGCUGCAGACGAAGGAGGUGGGGCGGCUGGUGAUGUACUGCGACGUGAUGACGAGCAGCAUGCACGUCGUGGAGGGCGCCACCCUCCUGACGCACGGUCUCGCCGUCGUCCCCAGACGCCAGUCCAAGGGAACUGGUCGUGGCGGCAACGCUUGGCUGUCCCCCGAGGGCUGCAUGAUGUUCUCCCUGCAGCUGCACUUGCCCAUGGCCUCCUUCAUGGGCUCUCACUUGCCGCUGAUACAACACCUCGUGUCGGUGGCCGUGGUCAUGUCAAUGUCCCGGGACCAUCCUGGCCUCCAGCUCAGCCUCAAGUGGCCUAAUGACAUCUACGCGGGGCCCAGCAAACUGGGAGGUGUGCUCGUGCAGAGCUCACUUACCGCCACCACGGCCUGCGUUAAUCUGGGUGUUGGGGUGAACCUGAACAACGACGCCCCGACGACCAGCGUUCUGCAGUUACUGAGGGAGAGCGACCCAGCCUGUCCCCCAGUGAGCGUAGAGGCGUCGCUCGCUGCCACGUUUAAUGCCAUCGAGGAACUGAUAAACCUAGUGGAGACCGAAGGUCCGGAGCCGUUCAUCCAGAUCUACUACUCCUACUGGAAACAUAGUGGCGCCCAAGUGACAGUGCUGCCAGCCGAGGAUGGUCGUGCUCGCAACGCUGCCAGGGGAGGCCGCACCGUCACCAUCACAGGAAUUGACUACUACGGCUUCUUGAAGGGAGUAGACUGCGUGACACGAGAGGCGGUGUCCAUACAGCCUGACGGCAAUUCCUUCAACAUGAUGGAAAACUUGGUCUACUCAAAGAAUCGGUAAACCUCAAGUGUUUUAUGAUCCAUCGAAGGUGGAAAAGUGGAUUUGUUCGUGAUGGAUCGCACGAGGAUGAAGGUUAGAUGCUACGAAAAUCGGUUGAAACCACCAAAAAUGUUGACGACACGAAUAAAGGGUUUAUGCCACCAGAAAGAUUGACACCACCAAAAAGGUGGUUGUUGACCAAAAGGCCACUGUUGUUCUAUAUAUGAGCUAAACUCUAAAAUGAGAUUCGAACUCCUCACAGCAAUAAAUAGUAUGUGGAGGCAACGGCGACCUCAUUGGCUUGCUAAUGAAUUUGCAGAAUGCGAAUAUUCAACUUGCGUUUCUGAAUGAAUAUUUACUUUAUGCUGAGAUCUAGCAAUUUUUAUGUUAAAUUUUGAAGUAAGUUUUGUAAAAUAAGCAUGAGUAUCUCUGCGCCGACCUGCUGUGUUAGGAAUUAGAAAAGAAUUGAAUGGAAUCCUAACUCAGACAUUGUCUGUGUUUUAAUUUUAGUUCAGAUAUUCCUUAUGGUGUCAUCCAGAGUAAAAAUUUAGCAUCUUGUUUGAUAGAAGAUGGCACAAGAAUCUAAUGUUCAAAUGGUGCUAACUUACCGCGACUAGGAAACUUCUUUCUUUCAUUUCACUUGCUCUAUAUGUGAAUUGUCGCCAAAAAACGCUUCUUUUAUCUAUACAACAAAUUUUGUAAUCCUCACUACUGACUCUUUGAGCUCCAUUUGAAGUUGACGCUGCAACCUCUGUCGUCUGCUGCCCUCAGCUGUUGACCCUCAAUAAUAAGUAGAGCGGAAAGAACCCUGGCUACGCCUGAAUUGAAUUGGUAAAAUGAGAUUUACGAGAAAGUUUUUCUGACACCUUCAUUAUGAAUAAAAAGUAUGUAAUACAACAACGUACUGUGUUGCGCGGCCAAAUUUUUUGUUGUAAACUUGAGAGGUUAUUUAAUGUUAAGAACUACUGAAGAUCGUGUUGUAUAAGUUGUUAGAUGCUAGACAUCAUUGCACUUAGUGAGAGUUGCUGAGUGUUUAAGGUGGAAGUGUCGGUUUUGUUGUUGGUUGGGGCGAAAUUGCCGGCUUUGUAGGUGGUUGAGGUGUAAGUGGUUGAGGUGGAAGUGUUGGCAGUGUAGGUGGUUAAGGUGGGAGUGUCGGCGGUGUUGUGAUACCUCUGGUCAGAUCAAACGUUGGCUAAGCUAAGACAUAGGAGAAAGCUCUCUAAAGACUGUUAUUUGGAUUCUUGUUAUUAUAUACAUGAAGUUUACUAAUAAUUAGGUUUGAGGUUAUGAAUCUGCCUUACGAGGUUUGUAAUGACUAGUUUCUCCUUCAUCAAAUAGUUAUAAUGGAUGCGGUUAAUGCAUUGAGAACAGCGAAAAAUGAUUUUUGUUUAGUGUCGCGCGAGCCAUAAAAGCUUUUUUCCGGCCCAAUUCGUCGUCUUCGAUUUUAUGAAGAGUGCCGCAAUUGGCGUCCUUAGUGACAGAAUACAAAUUUAUUCCCAGUAAUUAUAGUAGGAAAUGAUCAAAUUAUUAUCGCUGUGAGUCUCGUCCAAAUUUUAUGCAUGGUUCACCGUCGAAUAUUCCUUGGCCAUCCUGAUGCACUGUAAGGUUAAGUGAGCGUCAGUGUGAGAAGCACCAUCAUUAAGUGACUAUAAUCACCAUCAUUAAGUGAUCAUCAGCAAGCUUCUUGCCUUAACUUAAGAUCAUUUUAAUCAACCACCGUACGUUGAGUAUUUGCGACUACAUGAAUGGUUUUAAAACCAUUCAUCCUUGUGAAUUAUAUGUAUUACAAUAUUUAGAGAAAUUGUGCACCGAUCCCUUUUGUUACCUCGUGGCAUCAAGCGUGCUCAAUAUUAGUACCACCGAAUACUAAUAUAAAAUUAUUAAUACCAAUAUUAAUAGCCACUAUUCCCGCUGCCCGACUAGCUUUUUUCAAAGAUCCUCUGAAUAUAAAACUGA